CGCUAGAUUACAUUUAGUCACAACAUGGCGGCGGACUCGGGAGAUACAAUUUUUGGGAAGAUCAUUCGCAAAGAGAUACCAUCGGAAUUUCUUCACGAAGAUGAUCAGUGUAUUGUGAUCAAAGAUAUCAGCCCCCAGGCACCUGUACAUUUAUUAAUUAUUCCAAAGAAGGCAAUUAUUGGUCUGUCAAAGGCAGAAGAAUCUGACGAACAGCUUCUAGGUCACCUCUUGUUGGUAGCGAAGAAGGUUGCAGCUGAACAGGGUUUGGACAAAGGUUUUCGUGUUGUGAUCAAUGAUGGUUUUGAGGGUGGGCAGUCUGUUUACCAUCUUCAUGUUCACGUUCUUGGAAAGCGGCUGCUUGCCUGGCCCCCAGGAUAGGGGAGCAUAUACUUUCUGAACAAUUCAUGCUGUUUUAUCAUAGAGUAAAUCUGUCAGGUGUAACCUAUAAAUGUCAUUAAAAUUUCAGCCUAAAUAUCGUACAGUGUCUUGUAGUAAACUGCUCAAUAUUAAUAUCCUUCAUAGUUCAA